GAUGACGUGACGCAAAUCUGACCAAUGGUGGCCGUGAGCGAGGCUUCCUAUAGCUUGGAGGGGGUGGGGUCUGCGGGCCGAUCGGCGCACUCGGGUGAAUGCCCUGUGGCGCGGGCCGAUGACCACGCUGGGGCUGGACGUCCGCUAGUUCUGAAAGGAGCCGGCCUGCGAAGUACCAUGUUUCGGAGAGUGUUGCAGCUGGGCUUGGGCCCGGGCCUCUUGACCCGAGGGCUAAGCACGCGUAGAGGAGUCUCUACUCUGGACUGGGAUGCAAAAGUGUCCGAGUUUAAGAAGAAGAUCGAGUGCAUUCUGCCUGGAAAACCCUGGGAAACACAACUGUAUGACACCAGCCACCUGCCCCCAGAACAGUCAGAUGUGGUUAUUAUAGGGGGUGGGAUCUUUGGCCUGUCAGUGGCCUUUUGGCUGAAGAAGCUGGAAAAGAAACAAGAUGCCAUUCGGGUGCUGGUGGUGGACCAAGACCACACGUAUUCACAGGCCUCCUCCGCAGGGCUUUCUGUGGGUGGGAUUUGGCAGCAGUUCUCCAUGCCUGAGAAUGUACGGCUUUCCCUAUUUUCAGUCGAGUUUCUACGGAACAUCAAUGAGUACCUGGCCGUGGUGGAUGCCCCUCCUGUGGACCUCCGGUUCAACCCCUCAGGAUGUCUCUUGCUAGCUUCAGAAAAGGAUGCUGCUGCCUUGGAGAACAAUGUAAAAAUACAAAGGCAGGAAGGGGCCAAGGUUUGCCUGAUGUCUCCUGAGCAGCUACAGAACAAGUUUCCCUGGGUAAACACAGAGGGAGUGGCUCUGGCUUCUUAUGGGAUGGAGAACGAAGGUUGGUUUGACGCCUGGUCUCUGCUCCAGGGCCUUCGUCGCAAGGUCCGGUCAAUGGGUGUUCUUUUCUGCCAAGGAGAAGUGACACGUUUCAUCACUUCAUCUAGCUGUGUGGAGGGGCCAAAUGGGGAAGAGAUGGUCUUGAAAAGGAUCCACAAACUCCAUGUGAAGAUGGACAAAAGCCUAGAGUAUCAGCCUGUGGAAUGUGCCAUAGUGAUCAAUGCUGCAGGAGCCUGGUCUGGACAUAUUGCAAAGCUGGCUGGUAUUGGGAAAGGUCCACCUGGCACCCUGCAGGGCACCAAGCUACCUGUGGAGCCAAGGAAAAGGUAUGUGUAUUUAUGGCACUGCCCCCAGGGACCAGGCCUGGAGACACCAUUGGUUGCAGACACCAGUGGAGUCUAUUUUCGACGAGAAGGACUAGGCAGCAACUACCUAGGUGGCUGUAGUCCCACUGAGGAGGAAGAACCAGACCCAGCAAACCUAGAAGUGGACCAUGAUUUCUUCCAGAAUAAGGUGUGGCCCCAUUUGGCCCAGAGGGUGCCAGCUUUUCAGACUUUGAAGGUUCAGAGUGCCUGGGCUGGCUAUUAUGACUACAAUACUUUUGACCAGAAUGGCGUGGUAGGCCCCCACCCUCUAGUUGUCAACAUGUACUUUGCUACGGGCUUCAGUGGUCACGGGCUUCAGCAUGCACUUGGUGUUGGACGAGCUGUGGCAGAAGUGGUACUGGAAGGUGAAUUCAAGACCAUCAACAUGAGCCCCUUCCUCUUUACCCGCUUUUACUUGGAAGACAAGUUACAGGAGUACAAUAUCCUCUGAGCUGGAAGCUGUUCUCUGGGCCCCACAAGUACGGACAUCACCCUUGUCUCACACAGGCUGGUCACUGCCUGAGUCUUCCCAGAACUGUGCCAGGGCUGCUUCCCCUUCCUCACUAACCUUCAGCCAGGCCAUUCUGCCACCAUGUAACUGAGCAGGAAAUGAGGACAGACACUGGGACCCAAGGCCAAUGGAAAAUGAUGGAGUGGGACCUAGGACUGAUCUGUAGCCCAAGCUGAUGGCACCACACAGGGCAGUCCAGCUGGCAUCCUGAGGGUGGGACAAAGAACCAACCGGUCUCCUUCCUGGUGCUGAUGGAAAGAAAUGGGUCUCUGACCCUCUGGACAGAGCCCAGGCACAGAACAUUCCGGCACAGCCUGGCCCAGAUUAACUGAUUUGUCUGUUAACCUAUUCAUCAAUUAAUAUAUGUGAUUAACACCUUCA